AUGACUCGUACUGUUUCGACAAACAGCGAGGGUAUUCCCACAUACUGGGGACGCUCUGGCAGAGCCCUUCAGAUGCUCAUCACUACUGUCGCCACUACCGAUUUCCUUCUCUUCGGUUAUGACCAGGGUGUCAUGUCUGGUAUCAUUGAGGGUGAUCCUUUCCUCGCAAUGUUCCCUCAAGCUGGUUACAGUGAUGCCUGGCAAGGCUUCAUCGUCUCCAUCUACGCUGUCGGCUGUCUGUUCGGUGCUAUCUUCAUUCUCAAGUUCGGCGACAAGCUGGGACGUCGCAAGGCUAUCUUUAUCGGCGGUAUCACCAUGAUCAUUGGUGUCAUCAUCCAGAUCACCUGCGUUGGCACCAGUAAAGGAAGUACAGCACAAUUUAUCAUUGGACGUUUCAUCACAGGUCUUGGAAACGGUGUUAACACCUCGACGAUUCCUACGUACCAAGCCGAGUGUUCAAAAGCCCACAACAGAGGCAAAGUCAUCUGUAUUGAGGGUGGCAACGUCGCUGUCGGCACGCUCAUUGCUUACUGGAUUGAUUACGGUUGCAGCUACGGCCCUGCCAACUUGACCUGGCGCUUCCCUAUCGCCUUCCAGAUCGUCUUUGCCCUCAUCGUCGUUAUCCUCAUGACAAGAUUGCCCGAGUCGCCCAGAUGGCUUCUUGCGCACGAUCGUCAAGACGAAGCUACAGUCAUUCUAGCAGCUCUCAACGCCAAACCCGCAGAUGAUCCCGAGGUCAAGCUCGAGGCAGGUAUCCUUCUCGACUCCAUCAAGGCUGCUGGUGGUUUCGGCGAGAAGGUCGGUUCGAAGGUUCUACUCACUGGUGGCAAGACUCAGCACUUCCGUCGUAUGCUGCUCGGUGCCAGCUCUCAGUUCAUGCAGCAACUGUCUGGUUGCAACGCUGUCAUCUAUUACUUCCCUGUUCUGUUCCGCACCUCAAUCGGCACCUCCAAGAAUUUGUCGAAUUUGCUCGGUGGUGUCAACAUGAUCGUCUACGCCGCCUUCGCAACCACUUCCAUGUUCCUCGUCGAGCGCGUUGGACGUCGCAAGCUUUUCCUUUACGGUACUGUCGGCCAGUGCUUGUCUAUGGUCCUUGUCUUCGCCUGUCUUAUUCCCGACAACCCUAUGGACGCCAGAGGUGCCGCCGUCGGUCUCUUCACCUACAUUGCCUUCUUCGGUGCCACAUGGCUUCCUCUGCCCUGGCUCUACCCUGCUGAGAUCAACCCUCUCAAGACUCGUGCCAAGGCCAACGCUUUCUCUACCGUCAACAACUGGUUGUGGAACUUCUUUAUCGUAAUGAUCACUCCUGUGCUCAUUUCCCAAAUCUCAUGGGGUACUUACCUCUUCUUCGCUGCUUUGAACGCUCUCUUCUUCCCUGUCAUCUACUGGCUGUACCCUGAAACGUCGGGCCGCUCACUUGAAGAGAUUGAUUUGAUCUUUGCGAAGGGCUACCUUGAGAAGAUGAAUUACGUUACCGCCGCUAAGGAGCUUCCUCGCAUGAAUCCCGACGAAAUUGACGCUAAGGCUCGCGAGUACGGCUUCCAGUCCUCUGACGACGAGGCAGGUCAAGUCAAGGAGGCCCGCUUCGGCGAGAAGGAAGAUGAGCUCGCCUACAACGGCGGCGCUCAGAUGGCUUAG